AUGUCCGCCUUGUACGCGCCGCAUUCAACAAUGCGCACAAGCCACCCAGCCAGCAUGGCAAACUCAAAAACUGAGAAAAAUUGUUGCGACUGCUUGUUCAGUUCAACAGACUCUCUGUUAAAACGGGAAACUCCAAACCCCUCCCAGAACAUACUUGCAAAAGCAGUCCACCGCACAAAGCCUGCUACCUCGAGAUCCACCAAAACGUACAUUACAGCAGAAGCAGCAGCAGCACCAGCAACAGCAGCAGCAGCACCGGCAGCAGCACCAGGGGAAGCAGCGAGAGCAGCAACGGAAGCUCCUAGCGCGUCUUCAAGGCAUGGACGGCAAAUUGAUGCAGCAGCAGCAGCAGCUGCUGCUGCUGCAGCAAGUGCAGCAGCUGAAUGCCCACCACGCGUGCCAUCAGCGGGGCAGACAGCCUCAGCCAUGAGUGACGCAGCAGCUUCGUUGUCUGUGGAAGGGGUACGUGCAGCAGCUGCAGCAGCUGCAGCAGCAGCAGCAGCAGCAGCAAGAGUUGCUGCGCGGGCGGCUAACGGCAUGGCAGCAACACCGAAAGCCACCGCAGCAGCGGCAGAAGCGAAGGCAGCAGCAGCAGCAGCACCUAACUCGAGCAGAUCCGCAGUAGGCUCUGCAGCAGCAGCUGCAACAGCAGCUGCACCAGCAGCAGCUGCACCAGCUGCACCAGCUGGUGCUGCUGCAGCAGAAGAAAUUGCUGCGACAGUGGUGGGGGGGUUGCCCCUGGUUCGCAGCAGGACGACACCAGCAGCAGCGAAAGCAACAGAAGCAGCAGCAAAUACAGAUAGAGCAGCAGCAGCAGCAACAGCAGCAGCGGAGGAUUGUGCUGCAGGAACAACUGCUGCUGCUGAGACAGCUCCUGCAGCAGCUGCUGCUUCUGGAGCAGCUAAUGCGAAGACUCCGGAGCGGACACGGGAGGCCUCACACGCUGCACCGCCUCAGCAGCAGCAGCAGCAGCAGCAGCAGCAGCAGCAGCGAGACAACCAGCAAGCUGCUGGCAAAUUGAGUUUGUGGAGUAUUGCUAAGGCAUGCGGAUCUUCGCUGCUGCGGAGUGCCUCUAGCGAAGCAGCAGCUGCAGCAGCAGCUGCAGCAGCAGCUGAGAACGGUCCGCCUGGUGUAGCCAAGUCUUCCGCUGCAGCAGCAAAUGCAGCGCCAGACACAGCAGCAGCAGCAGCAGCAGCUGAAACGGGCCCAGAAUUACCCUCUGCCAUCGCAGAAGUCUCUUCAUUUUGGAAGCUGCUGCUGCCUCGACGCCGCAAGGCAACUCCAGCUGCUGCUGCUGCUGCUGCUGCUGAUCCGCAGAUAUCCGUGGAAGGCACGUCCCAAGCAAUCGCAGCAGCAGCAGCAGCAGCAGCAGCUGGCCCCGACGCGUCGCAGCAGCAGCUGCUGAAGGCGUGGGGCCCUGCUGCAGCACGCAGUGCUUUGCCUGCUGCAGCACGAGUGCGCUGCAUGGCUGCGUUGCCGCUUGUGGCAGCAGCAGCAGCAGCAGAAGACGAACAGUACAUCUGCGUUGGCGGAGCAGCUGCGUCUGCUGCAGAACCAUCUGAAGCAGCUGUUGCUGCUGCUGCAUCUCAAGCAGCAGCAGCAAGAGCUGCUGCGUACAGCCCAGCCUCAGCAGCAGCAGCAGCAGCAGCUGGAGACGAGCAGUACAUCUGUGUGGGCGGGGCAGCUGCUUGUGCAGCAGAGCUGACUGAAGCAGCUAGAACUGCUGCUGUAUCUCAAGCAGCUGCAGCAAGAGCUGCUGCUCAAAGCCCAGCCUCAGCAGCAGUAGCAGCAGCAGAGCGCUCCCCACACACUGCAGCGGGAAGCAGUUAUGCUGCAGCAAAGCAGCCAGGAGAGGCCCCGUGGGCCCAUGCGGGGGCCCCUAGCCUGGCAGCAGCAGCACCAGCAGAAGCAGCAGCUGCUGCUGGCGCUGCAGCAGCAGCGAGACUGAAGCAAGCAGCGGAAUGCUCCAGCAGCGACUGCAGCAAAGCGGGAAGCGCAACACCCCCCAGCUGGCCUGCCUCAGCUUGCAGCAGCGAGGCCAGUGCAGCAGCAGCAGCAGCAGCAGCAGCAGCAGCAGCAGCAGCGAAGGAUAUAGCUGCCGCGGCAGCAGAAGCAGCAGAAGCAGCCUGGCAAGCAGCAGGCGAGACAGACUGUGUGGGGAGCUGGGCGCUGCUGCUGCCUGCUGCUUUUUGCUGCAUGUUUCCUGAGCCUCUGAAGCAGCUGCUGUUUGUGCAGCAGCAGCAGCCGCAGCAGAUAAGAGAGGCGCUGGCGCGGCUGCGGAGGCAGCGUGUGAAGAACCGGCUCCAGCUGCAGCAGCUUCAGCGGCUGCAGCAGCAGCAGCAGCAGCAGCAGCCGCAGCUGCAGCAGCAGCAGCAACGCCUGCAGGCACUCGCUGAUGGCUUGGCUUUCCUUGACUCAUUUCUUGCUGUGGCGCUGCGCUGCGCUGAGCAGGGCAGCAGCUGCCGCUGCUUGUCUGAGGGCUGCAGACGAAGAGGGCAGCAGGCGCAGCAGCAGCAGCAGCAACAACAACAACCUGAACUGCAGCAGCAGCAGCAACCCGAGCAGCAGCAGCAGCAAGCCGAGCAGCAGCAGCAGCAAGCCGAGCAGCAGCAGCAGCAACCCGAGCAGCAGCAGCAACCCAAGCAGCAGCAGCAGCAACCAGAGCAGCAGCAGGAACUGGAUCAGCAGCAUCGACCAGAGCAGCAGCAGCAACCCGAGCAGCAGCAACCUGAGCACCAACAGCAGCAACCUGAGCAGCAGCAGCAGACAGGAGCUGAGCCCUCGCGGCGGACACAGGAGCCGAUAGAAACUUCGCCGAAUCACCAUCACGAGGAGCAGCUGCAGCAGCAGUACCCCCAGCAGCCGCAUACGCAGCAGCAGCAGCAGCAGCAGCAGCAGCAGCAGCGUGCCCAGCAGCAGCAGCAGCUGUUGCACCAGGUGGAAUCUGAGCAGGAGGAAAAUGAGCAGCACAGCUCCCCACCGGCAAAGCAGCGACAGGACACACCGCUUGUGCAGACAGAGGCGAGCCAGCAGCAGCAGCAGCAGCGGCAACAGGAGCAGCAGCAGCAACAGCAGCAACAGAAGCAAGCUCGGCAGAAACAGGUGGAGACUGAGCAGCAGCAGCUGCAGCAGGAGCAGGAACAGAUUGCACAGCUGCGUGCGUCACAGAAGCAGCCGCAUUCCAGCGAACUUAGCCAGGAAGUGCAGCAGCAAGAAGACGAGCAGCAGCAGCAGCAGCAGCAGCAGCAGCUUUCGCCCAGCGGCUAUAUGUACAGCCCAGGGAGCUGUCUGUACAGCCCAGACCCCUGCCCCCCUUCUCCUGUAAGCUGCGUGUACAGCCGGAGGAGCUCUUUUGGGGAAGAGCCGGUGCUGCAGCAGCAGGAGCAGCAGCAGCAGCAGCAGCAGCAGCAAAUGCCGUUCUCAACAGAUGAUGGAUGCGUGUACGCCUCAGCACAGGGAACCCUGUCUGGCAGCAGCAGCAGCAGCAGCAGCAGCAGCAGCAGCAGCAGGCACGAGGCCGAUAAACCGAAUCACUGCCACAAUCCCGGCAGCAUAGAAACAAUUGACCUCGUGCAGCUCUCCAGCGACAGCAGCAGCAGCAGCAGCAGCAGCAGCAGCAGCAGCCAAAGCCAGUCAGAUGGCUCUUCUGUGCUACUGGUUGGGCCCCUUGCUGCUGACGUGGAAGGGCCGUGUCUCGAAGCAGCAGAAGAAACAAAUGCAGCAGCAGGGGUUACUGCAGCAGCAGCUGCUGCUGCUGCAGCCUCACAAGCAGCAGCUGCGAGCGCAGCAGCAGCAGCCACGAGCAUAGGAGCUGCAGCAAUCUCCGAAGGUGCUGCAGUCUCUGGACCCUCCGAAGCAGCAGAAGCGCCUGCUGCUGCAGCAAGAGCCAAAGUCGGGGCAGCAGCGAGGGAGCCAAACGCGCAGUUUGCUGCUGGCGAAGCGGCCGCCGCAGCAGCAGCAGCAGGUGCAUCCGCCUGCACAGUAGCAGCAGCAGCAGCAGCAGCAGCAGCUGCAGCAAAGGAGCCCCAUUUGCUGCUGCAGGUUGACUGGGCCAAAAUGGAGAGCAGCAGCCUCCAGCGGUGGCUUUCUUUCUUCGGGCUGAAGGUUGGGGGCCUUUCGCAGCAGCAAACAGUUUCUAUUCUGCAGCAGAUUUGCUGCUACCUGGUGACAGGCUCGCCCAACCCCGCUCCAGCUGCUGCUGCUGCCCCUGCUGCUGCUGCUGCUGCUGCUGCUGCAGUUCCACCUGAGGAGGUACCGGGGCCCGCAGCAGGCCUUUUCAAAGCUAGUGGUCAUCUGGCAGCUGCGACGGCUGCCGUUGGGCAGCAAGAGCAGCAACAACAGCAGCAGCAGCAGCAGCAACAAUCAGAAGGCCCAAUAAACACCGAGGCUUCUGCUGCUGCUGCUGCUGCUGCUGCUCCUACUGCUGCUAAGAUUCCCGCUACACAGGCUUGCAGGCGGCAGAAGAAGCAGCGGGCUGCCAGCAGCAGCAGCUUGGGCGGUGCUGCUGCUGCUGCAUCUGCUGCUGCUGAUAGCGCUGCAGAGACUGCCGAGGCGCUGCUGACGCCGGCGGAGUGCCCCAGCGCAGCGCCUGCUGCUGCUGCUGCUGCUGCUGCUGCUGCAGCAGCAGCAGGGAAGCUGGCAUCUCAGCAGCAAGGGAAAAAGAGAAAAGGCGCAACAGCAGCAGAAAUUCGUGCUGCGCUGCUGCGCUGCGACGAGCCCCUGGGGCUGUACGGACGGCUGCUGGCAAUGGAGCCUGUGACAGUGUCUGAAAUAGAGCAGACUUUGAAGGCUGCGCAUAUCGUGGUGAGCCGCCAGGGCCUGCAGGACUUCCUCAGGAGAGCAGCAGUUAUGGUUGCUAAGCCCUGGAAGCCGCAGCAGCGGGCUCGGCGGGGCCCCACAAAGGUGACCCUGGAGCCCCUGGGCUCCCGCUGCAGCAGCGGCAGCAGCAGCAGCAGCAGCAGCAGCAGCGUGGGAAGCAGCGGCCAGUAG